AUAUUGACGACUGCAAUCCUAAUCCAUGUCAGAACGGGGCAGCAUGUACAGACGGCGUUGACUCCUAUACGUGCACGUGUGUCGCCGGAUAUACAGGAACUAAUUGUGAGACAGAUAUUGACGACUGCAAUCCUAAUCCAUGUCAGAACGGGGCAGCAUGUACAGACGGCGUUGACUCCUAUACGUGCACGUGUGUCGCCGGAUAUACAGGAACUAAUUGUGAGACAGAUAUUGACGACUGCAAUCCUAAUCCAUGUCAGAACGGGGCAACAUGUACAGACGGCGUUGACUCCUAUACGUGCACGUGUGUCGCCGGAUAUACAGGAACUAAUUGUGAGACAGCAAAAUGCCCAGCCGAUUGGUACUUUUUCCGAGAAAGCUGCUAUUUCCGAAGCACAAAAGAUCUUGCAUGGCUUGAAGCUGAGGAAGACUGUAUCGCUUUGGGAGGACACCUUGUAGAGAUCACAAGUGAGCAAGAGAACAACUUCAUAAAGUCAAAUAUGCUUAUAGGAAACUCUGUUUGGAUUGGAUUGAAUGAAACAGUGACUGAAAAUGUCUUUGUCUGGGUAUCAAGUGGAAAUACGCUUGGAGUGUACAGGAAUUGGGCGACCGGACAGCCAAAUAACUUUACUAAUCAGGAUUGUGUGUAUAUGCAUCAUGCCACGGGAAAUUGGUACGACUACUAUUGCUCAUAUGUCACGUACUACAUUUGUGAAAAGGCUAGCAUGUUUGCCUGAUUAACGGCAUCAUUUACGGACUAUAGAAUAACGACAGAUCCUGGAGUCAACUUAAACAUGAUACGUCUACAUUCAUUAAAUAACAAACUUACAAUGAUAAUACUGAAUGAACGGGCAAUACGACCGAUCAUGACAGUGGCUCUAUAACAACGUUGGCACAACUGGCAACAAACGAGGCAGUGUGUAUGUCAAAGUUGAAUGCCCAGGUUAUAUCUUUUAUCAGUUCUUCACAAAUUAAUAAGCAUCCCAAUUACUUUUACUCUGUGUAUUUAAACUCCAAUUACUGGUAGACUGUGUAUUUGUAUUAAACCCUUCGUAAGCCUUCAAUUACUGGUAGACUGUGUCUUUGUAUGUAACCCUUAGCCUAAAAUUACUGGUAGACUGUGUAUUUGUAUUCAAAUUACUGGUAGACUGUGUAUUUGUAUUCAAAUUACUGGUAGAAUGUGUAUUUGUAUUUAACUCUUAACCUCACAAAUUUUCUGGUAGACUGUGUAUUUGUAUUUUAGCUUUGACUCGAAUUACUGAUAGACUGUGUAUUUGACUAUUUGUAUUUAAGCUUUGACUCAAAUUAUUGGUAGACUGUUUUUUGUAUUAAUCUUUUUUUUU